GCAUCGUCACACAUCAGCAUGACUAUAAAAAUGAGAAGCACAACCCAAACCCCACUCCUCCCUCACAUCCUCGCUCUCUUUCACCCUGUUUUCCAUCUGAGGAGUCGAGGGUUCUGAGAGUGUCAGAUAGCUGAGAGUGAGAGGACGGAUGCUGAUUUAUUACUUCUGCAAUUACCUGACAGCACUUUAUCUUUCCUAAACACUCUGCUCCGUGCUGCUUUCACUUGAUGUCGGGACUAUUUUUCAAUUUGUGCCUGAUGCUCCAACGUUCAUAGAGCUUCAAGACAACAGAAAGUGAAGUACUGCAGUAUCAUGACCAGGAAGGUGUUCACCAACACACGCGAGCGCUGGCGCCAACAUAAUGUCAACACAGCUUUCACAGAGCUGCGGAAACUCAUCCCCACACACCCGCCCGAGAAAAAACUCAGCAAGAACGAGAUCCUGCGGCUGGCCAUGCGCUACAUCAACUUCUUGGUGACUCUGCUGGAGAGCCAAGGCGAAGAGCCGUCAGCUCACUCGCAAGCCGCGCUCCUCACGCUGAUCACAGGGAACAUGCAGAAGCUGCGCACCGACCGCACCUGGACCAGCGACACCGACCCGCCCUCGCCCGGGUCCAGCUGCGACAGUUCAGAAGCCUGGUAGAACGACGCGAAGAGUGAG